AUGGCCGCCACCAGCACUACUACUGUCCCUGUCCGCCCCCCAAGAUUCAGCAUGAAAUGGGAAAGUGGGUGCAUAGAUUGCACCUUCCCCCUUGUUGCCUACCUUAUGGUGCAUCAUGGGGACUGUUGCAUACUUUUCAGUGAGGACAAGAAGAAGAAGAAGAAGAAGAAGAAGAAGAAGAAGAAGAAGAAGAACCAAACCGUGCAGGACAAUAACAGUGGCAUGCAGCCUUCUGGCAAAGAAAAGGGUCGCAUCCAUGCCAUCAUUGCACAGGAGGUCUUUGCCAAUGAUGCCCACUAUAGUGGCCAAUAUAAUGCAUAUCCAAACAAGUUUGCAGUAGCAGUUGCAAACUGUCUUGCAUUUCUUAAAAAAAUUGAACACAAUGAACGAGGUUUACCCAGACCAGUGGUGGAGUUGAACCCACUGAUCCAAAUGCAGCAGCCAAUCUACGUGCUUGUAGAGGAUGUACUAAGACAGCUUCUGACCUAUGAUGACCUUGAUGAGUUGUGGUGCAGCAUCCCAUCAUAUGCCCCCCAGGCAUUCUCAUCUGAUCCGAAAGUUGAUCACUCUAGCCACCUUCUGUCUAUCAUGCAGAUGAAAAGUACUCCUGCUUCUACAUCUGCUGCUGGUAGCUGCCCGGCUCCGGAUGACAAUGAAGAUCUUUAUGAUGCUGAUGCUGAUGAACUGGAUGGCCCAGACCCCUCUCAGGACCUCCAACCACUCCCCCAAACUGCAUCAUUUGCAGGCAACAACAACAAAUAUGACAUGCUGGAUGAUAGUGCAAUGACCAGCGAGGUGAACGGUGGUGACAGUAAGAUGAAUCCUGAUGGCGACGAAGAUUAUGAGACAGCAGGAUAUGAGGCUGCAGUUCCCCAUGAGAAUCGUGUUGACAAGCCUCCAUGCCCAUUCUCCCCUUCACCACCUCCAGAUACUAUUAUUUCACCUACAGUGCCACCACAUACCCCACACCCCAGUGUCCAACUCGCGAGCAUCAUUUACACCUCAUGCAAACUGUGCCUCCAGCCGCACAUCUCUUUUCAAGCCUCACCAGCCCCCUCCUUCUAUCGCAUCCUCUAUCAUAAGCUCAUCAGUACAAUCACACUCUUCAUCUGA